AAGUUUUAUUUUCCCUCUCUUCCAGGUCAUUUUAGAAGCACAACGUAAUCGCGACUACUAUUCAUUCAGAUGGUUAAGUCGUAAUUCAAUGAAUAGCAAACAUUCGAAAGACCAUGAAACACUUCUCUCGGAAUCAUAUGAUGAUACUGAUAAUGUGGAAAACGGAAAAGUUAUGUCGUAUUAUCGAGUUGAGGACAAGAAUCGCAAGAGUAAAGCAGCUGAAGAUAAUAUAUUAUUCCCGGACGAAAUUCUGCUAGCGCGUAACGACGACGGCAAUACAGUAUACCAAACCAAUUUAGUGCCAACUUGUAAAAAUAAAAAUUUCUGCCUAAACGACCCGUAUUAUCCGAACGACUUCAUAAACAAAAUGCUCAGCGACAACCCCUCCUUGAUGAAUUACGCGACCAUAGACGCCGUGGAAACUAUCUCACACCGGAUAGACGUGGGUGAAGAUUUACUUUGUGAAUCUAAGGUAGAGUUGAUAAAUCCGAGAUCAGCCAAAAACAUCGAAAAUGAUUGGCUGUUUAUCGUACAAUCAGAAAAAUCGAAUUUCACCCAAUCUAUAAGAAUCGAAUAUUGCGGAAUGGAGGAUACUGCUUGCCAAAUAAUCGGAGAUUUCUCAGGAUAUAAAACGAAAUGUAAGCAGAAGUUUAUUUAUCGUCAAUUGACCGCCAUCUCCCAUAAAGGCGAAAUUGUUCACGAAUUAUUCCCAAUUCCCGCGAGUUGUUGCUGCCAUCUCAUUAAGGACGAAAUUUCUUAAUUCGUUUCUGGAUACAUUUCGUAGCGUAUUAGUCAAAGGAAUCAGGAUUAUCAGCGGAAAAGGCGAAGUGUAAAAAAUUAUAUGAAGUAAAAAUAUUUAAGAGUUUAAGAAAAAAUAUUUAUAUGAUAUAAACAUCAAAUGCAAUUUCCGAUUAUGAAAAUAAUUCUUUGGAGUUUUUCUUGUGACGCAAGGUCGAAAAGAACACGCCACUUAUAUUAAGAAUCUUUAAGAACGUUGUAUGCCGAAUAAGAUACCUUGAUGAUCUGAAAAAAUGAACAUUAAAUUAAUCUUAUCAAUCGACAAACGAAAGUAAAAUGUGUUUUCAAAUUA